AUGGAUGAUGUUUCCAAGAGUGAGAGUCGAAGUGUGGAGCGAGUGAAAGUUUUCUGUCGUGUAAGACCUUUACUACAACGUGAACGCGAUGGAUGGAGUUAUGAUGAAUAUUGCCAGCAUUUGAAUGAAGAUAAUCAACGUUUAGAUCAUAACGAGAGUGAACACCCUGCUACUGAACUCACUCCCGAGACUUCCGAACCAGAUCUCGUAACUUUUAUUACGGAAAAGGGUCGUCAAUGUACUCCGUCAUUGCUACCAUCCGUAAUCAUGCAGUCAGAUGAUCGAAGUGUGACGUUUCAAGCUUCUAAUGCAGCACAUGGAGAAGUGCGAUCGUUUGAAUUUGAUGGGACGUUUACCGAGACUUCUACGCAAGAAAAGGUCUUUGAUCGUGUAGCAGCUCCAAUUGUCGAAGAUGUUAUGGCAGGCUAUAAUGGUACGAUCUUAGCAUACGGCCAAACAGCGACUGGUAAAACACAUACAAUGGUAGGACCAGAUGAUCUUGUUCAAAACGAUGAACGUGGAGUGAUUCCUCGUGCACUUGAAGAUAUUUUCACACGUGCUGAAGCGACUCGAACGCAUGCAAAGACGACAGUUGCGUUAAGUUACGUACAGAUUUAUUGUGAACGUCUGUUUGAUUUAUUAGAACCUGAGACUGUCCCAGGUUCCAUUUUAAUUCGAGAAGAUAUCGAUCGUGGGGUUUACAUUGAUGGAGCAGCGAUUGUUUCUGUGGCUACUGUUGAUGAAUGUUGGAAGCUAUUGAAGCGUGGGAAUGAACAUCGUGCUGUUUCUAGUACGCAUAUGAAUGCUCAGUCUAGUCGUAGUCAUACAAUUCUCAUCCUUCGUAUUGAACGGAAAGAAUUUGCACCAUCCAGUACAACUCAUCCAGUCAUUCGUCUCAGUCAUUUAUACUUAGUCGACCUUGCAGGAUCUGAACGUGUGAAGAAAGCACGAGUCUUUGGACGACAUCUAAAUGAACUCAAAGCAAUUAAUUUAAGUCUCUCUGCACUCGGGAAUUGUAUCUCUGCACUUAGUAAACAAUCUCAACAGACUCAAAUGAGUUACCACGUUCCAUAUCGCGAUAGUAAAUUGACGCGCUUAUUACAAUCGAGUCUAGGUGGGAAUGCAAAGACAGCACUUAUCAUCACAGUCACACCUGCACUUACUGAAGCUCUCGAGACACUCCAGACAUUACAAUUUGGCCAUCGAGCAAUGAAAGUGACUGUACGACCUCAUCGAUCAGCUUUGUCUGUGCUUGAUUAUCGAACAUUAUACGAAGAGAUGCGACAAGCUCUAGAUGAAGAACAAGAGCGUUCACAACAAGCUCAAGUUGUAGCUAUUGAAGAGAAGAAUCGAGCGAGAAAUGCUGAAGAUCAAUUGACUCAAGCUCGUUCACAGAUUCAAGUUUUAGAAUUUGAGCUCAAAGCAGUGCGAACUGCUACAAGACAUGAUCGAGAAUCUGUUGAUCGAGACGAUGAUCUUGAGCAAAUGCGAGUGGAAAUUCAGCAUCUUGUUACGCAACAUGCACAGGAUGUUGCUCAAGUGAAUAAUGCGUGUACACGACAAGUUGAAACGUAUAAACGACUUGCAGAUGAAGCGAGUCAGGAAUGGCACGAUCUUGAAGGAGAAUUAGCGGGUGAAAAGACUCAAGUGCUUCAUACAUUACGGGAAUUGAAGGAGUUCAAAAUGCGUUUCUUUCAACUUGAAGAAGAGACGACGGAACGAAUUGCUGAGCUUGUGCAAGAAGAACGAGAUUGUAAAAAAGAACGCAAUGGAGCGAUGGCUACAGUGAAAAUACUGGAGAAAGAGUUGGAAACAUUGCGAGUUCAGAUAAGAGCAAGUGAGACUCAGCGUGAAAAACUGCAAGAUCAACUUGAUGCUGAGUUUGUACCUAAGGAAACUCUCCAGCAAAUGGAAGAUCUGUACGAAGGAGCAAUUUCAAAGCUUCAAACAAGAGUUGGUUGUCUUGAAAAGAAAGCACUUGAUCGUAGAACAAUCUCGAGUAUCAAGAAUAGCAAUAACAACACGGGACAACAACGCUCAUUGCCAGAGAUCAGAAAAGCAAGCGCAGUUCCUAAAAUUGGACGUAUGGGCCCAGGCACGUCAUCUUGUCGAUUUAAUGCCACGCGUACCUUGCACUGA